AUGAAUUAUCCUAAUCAUAGUUUUUUGGGGGAAGUCCAAAAUAAUAAUAGUGAAUAUAGCAAUAGUAGUAAUCAGGAGUGGACACGUUAUGAAAACAAGUUGUUUGAGAAUGCUUUAGCUGAGUUAGAUCUGAACUCUCCUGCUUUAUAUGAAAAACUCAUGGUUGUUUUGCCAUGGAAAACUCUUGAACAAAUUAAGAGCCAUUAUGAAAAACUUAUUGCAGAUGUUGCAAUGAUUGAAAGGGGAGAAAUUAGCUCCCCAAACUAUGGUGGUAGAGUUGAUGGAGUUGAUCACAAACGUAAGGGUGCACCAUGGACUGAUGAAGAGCAUAGGUUAUUUUUGAUAGGACUAGACAAGUUAGGGAAAGGAGAAUGGAGGAACAUAUCAAGGUACUAUGUAAAAACUAAGACACCAUCCCAAGUUGCUAGCCAUGGCCAGAAGUAUUUCCGACGGCUCAAGUGUUGUACUCCUCUCGACAAACGUCGUUACAGCAUCCACGAUAUCCGAAUCCUCAACUCCGCCAUCGUCGAAACCUCUGCAAGGCAUCCCAAUCGCCAUUCUUUCAUCACUCACAUACCUCAACAUGAUCACCCUAAUUACUUAGCUCAUAAGAAAGACUGUGUUCAUGAACAACAUUAUUCUUCAUCUGUUGAAGUAACUACUAAUGUUGGCACCACAAAUAAUAAUAACAAUAUUGGGACAACAAGUCUAAUUAGUAGCAACAACAACAACUCACAGAUGAUUAUGGGGAAUAAUAUAGGCUAUGAUCAAUGUGCUGAUUAUGAUGAGGUUUUUCAGCCUUUUGCAAUGCUCAAUUAA